CGUUGAGUUAUGCGACCUCCAUUGCAGACCUUCAAGUUCCAGGUUGUCACUGCCGUCGCCCGAUUCCAGCCGGAACUGCCGUUAACUGCAGAACCUCCUAUGUUGGUGGACAGCCACGCCAAGAUCAGCUCUGUUAUAUAAUACUUACUUCCAUCCACCAUUGUUUGCUUUUCCCUUUGGGGGUUUAUGUGGCCCAGAAUUAUCAAGUUCCUAACAUCAAGAAGCUAGUUGACACUGCCUUAAUUAUGGCAAAUAUAAUAGAGGAAAAAUACCAGAACCCAAAGAGGAGGAGUGAUGAAGACGAUUGAUGCCUAUAAAGCUUCUGAAAAAGCACAAUUUGGUAGAAGAGAUUUUAUCUUGGAUAAUAGCUUCAUGCCAAAACCGUUUUGUGGUCGCUAGAGUUGUAUUCAGUAUUCAUUUGAAUCAUGUCUCUAUAAUAUUUUUGACGAGCAAAGUUGAGGAACCUCACUUCGAGUUGGAGGUCCUGCAUCUGAUCUCCAUAACAUUUCGUCCACAACAUCAUUCAAACUCUCUAUCCUCCAAAGUCUUCCUCCCCUUUGCUUCCUUUUAAAUUUUAAUUGCAUUCUCUGUGUUACCUCCCUUUUUGUUCGCUUGUAAACAAAGGAGAUUUAUCUUCUUUAUGCCUUUGCUGUUUGUUUUGGUAUCUUCCUCAAUUCAGCUAUUUUUGGGUGCAUUAUUCAACUAACACAGUCAGCUUACUUCUUUUGGUAUUCUUCUCCUGCUACCUUGAUGUAUACAUGUUCUAGUCUAGGCAGAAGCAUUUAAAUCCAUUGAUACCUGAAGUUUUGUGUCUCCUCUAUUCCGAAGGGGUUGAAUUCUGCCAUCAACGCUCUGCCAUGUAGAACUUGUGGGGGUAACUUAAAAAAAUGACAAUGGAUAGAUUGAGUUUCAAGAGAUUUAGAACAUUAUUGGUUGUGGGUUCCAUAACCUUCCCUAUUUUAUUCACACUUACUCUGAUGCACCAACACUCUAUCUAUGAUCUUGUUGAGGGAGUUUCCAAUAUUAACAUAUUGGCUGCAAGGGCCCAAAAUGCUACUACGAAUGUCUUAAAAGAAGGGCGUCGCAAUGCUACAGUUCAAGUUGAGGAAGGAAAAGAUCAGAAUGUGGUAGAUAAGAUGUUGGGAGGCAAACAACAAAUCAGCUCAGAAGAACAAGCUCAGACUCCAACAAACGCAGAUAUUGGUAAAGCUGGUUCAAAGAAUCAUUCAUUUGAAGAUGAGAAGAAUGAUUCAACCCUAUCUACAGUUGGCUUUGCUAGUGUCAGACUCCUUGAUGGACUUCUAGUUUCCACAUUUGAUGAAGGAUCAUGCAUUAGUAGGUAUCAAUCUUACUUGUUUCGCAAACGUUCCCCUCACAAACCUUCUGUAUAUCUGAUAUCCAAGCUACGAAAGUAUGAACAUCUUCAUAGAAGUUGUGGACCACAUACCAAAUCCUAUGACAAAAUUAUGGGAAAGAGCACAAAAUCUAGCAAAAGCGGUGCAGGUGAGAAGUGCAAAUACCUUGUCUGGACAGCUUCCAAUGGCCUAGGGAACAGGAUGCUAACCCUGGUUGCAGCAUUUCUUUAUGCUAUCCUCACAGACCGUGUUCUACUAGUCAAAUUUGGGGAUGAUAUGUCUGAUCUCUUUUGUGAGCCAUUUGCUGAUUCCUCAUGGUUAUUGCCCAGGAAUUUUCGAUAUUGGAAGGAUCAGAAACAUAUCAAAACGCAUGAAAGCAUGCUAAUCAAUAAGGGAUACAAUGCAAAGGAGAUUUUUCCAUCAUUUCUUAUUCUUAAUCUACAACAUACCCAUGACGGUCAUAAUAACUUUUUCCAUUGUGAUCAUUGUCAAAAUCUUCUUCAGAGAGUUCCCGUGAUGAUUUUAUGGUCAGAUCAAUAUUUUGUCCCUUCUCUUUUUCUGAUUCCAUCCUUUAGAAAAGACUUGAGCAAAAUGUUCCCCCAGAAAGACACAAUUUUUCACCAUCUAGGACGUUACCUUUUCCACCCAUCAAACAAGGCAUGGGAAUUAAUCAGCAAGUUCUAUCAGGCGCACUUAGCCAAGGCAAAUGAGAAGAUUGGCCUGCAGAUUAGGGUAUUCAAUACUCAUAGAGCAUCACAUCAAACUAUUAUCAAUGAAAUUAUAGCCUGCGCCCUCAGGCACAAGCUUCUUCCUGAAAUAGACAUGGAAAAGUCGACAACUUCUUUGAAGAACCAUGCCACGAUCUCAAAAGCUGUUCUAGUAGCAUCAUUAUACUCUGAAUAUGGGGAGAGGCUGAGAAAUAUGUAUAUGAGGAACACAACAGGGACUGGGGAAGUGAUAAGAGUUUCUCAGCCAAGUCAUGAAGAGCGUCAAAAGUCCAAUGAUGGCAUGCACAACAUUAAGGCAUGGAGUGAAAUAUAUUUGUUGAGUUUGUGUGAUGCAUUGGUUACUAGUCCCAAGUCUACUUUUGGUUAUGUUGCUCAUGGUCUUGGAGGUUUGAAGCCGUGGAUUCUGAAGAGGCCAUAUGGGGAAACAGUCCCAGAGCCUCCUUGUCAACGAGCCAUGUCCAUGGAGCCUUGUUUCCAUUAUCCUCCCAAGUAUGAAUGUAGUGUCAAUAGAACUAUUGACUUCACUUCCCUCGUUCAUCACAUGGAGCAUUGUGAAGAUGUACCUAACGGAUUAAGGCUGAUCAAUGAUAAUCGCAAAGGUUAGUCACUUAGUUGCUAAUAUCUUUACCUUGUGCUUGAUUAGCUCAUCGAUGAUCACAGUGAUAUGAUAUGAGGAUGUGGCUCCCUGCCAUCCGUGCAGUUAAUAGCCUAUUAGCCUUGCCUAUCUUAUCAUGGAGUCAUGGAGUCACGGACUUAGAGAAAUAUGUAAUUUAACUUCAAAUUAAUUCUUAUUUAUUGCAUAAAUGACUUUUGUACUACUGUCCUUUAAGUAAGUUAUAUGGUACUUUUAUU